CCUCCAUCCUGUCCCGUUACUGGGUGCUGACAUCAGGCCCCCUGACUGCCCACCCCCAUCAUGCCUGAGGAGACCCAAGAAGCAGACACCGUGGCACCGACGCUGAGCCCGAGGAACAGGGCAUCACUGGCCCCCAACCGCGUGCAGGAGGUGCGCCUGCACCAAGUGGAGUCCAUCAGUGACCUACACAGUGGAGGUUUGCUGUGCCCCUACCUGGCUGAGGAGGCACAGCCAUGGGAUGAGCUGCUGGACAUCUUGCCGCCAUCGCUGUGUGCCCAGCCUGGCUGCAGCCCUCUGCACAGCCGUGGUGGCUUCCUGCUGUUGCUCGCGCUGCUGGUGUUCACCUGCCUGGCACUUGCCACCCUGGCUGUCUACCUGAGCGUGCUGCAGAGUGAGUCUCUACGCAUGCUGGCACACACACUGCACACGCAGGAGGAGACGCUACUCAAACUCCGGCUGGCCAGCCUCAGCCAGCUGCGGAGGCUCAACUCCAGCGAGGCCCGAGCACCCAGCUGA